AUGGCGUGGCGAUCCUCGGGAGCGACAAAUGCUGCGUUGGUGGAGAACAUGGCACGCAACGGCCUCAUCACAUCAUCUCGUGUGAAACAAGCCAUGCUGAGGGUCGAUCGAGCCCACUACACCGAACAAGCACCUUACCAAGAUUCGCCACAAUACAUCGGUCAUCUGGCGACCAUCAGCGCUCCACACAUGCAUGCCUCGGCGUGUGAAAGUCUGUUGCCGCACUUACAACCGGGUUCAAAGGUACUCGACGUCGGCUGCGGUUCCGGCUACCUCACGCACGUAUUGGCCGAGUUGGUCAAGCCUGACGGCAAAGUUGUCGGCAUCGAUCAUAUUCAACCCUUGGUCGAUCUAAGCCGUGGCAACACCCGCAAAAGCACGGCCGGACUGGACUUGCUACGGAGUGGAGCUAUCCGCUACAUCACGGCCGAUGGUCGUCUCGGAUGGAAAGAAGAGGCGCCCUACGACGCGAUCCACGUUGGUGCCGCCGCUGCUGAUUUCCAUCAAGAACUAAUUGAUCAAUUGAAGGCACCGGGACGACUUUUCAUCCCGGUCGAAGAAGAUCAGCUUCAGCAUAUUUGGGUCAUUGACAAGGAUGAGCGAGGUGUAAUAACCAGGAGCAAAGAGUAUGGCGUGCGCUACGUUCCAUUGACGGACACACCAAAACCUGAACAUUGA